CCAGAGACACAGAUAAAGAAUGAAAAAUGAAAAAAAAAAAUCACAUUCCAGAUGUUCAAGGACUGGAAUAUAUUGUGCGAUUAGUGACAGAAAAUCGUUUGCAUCCCUGUAUAAUUGAUUGUUCAGUGUUUAGCCGCCCCCGGUUGGUGCAAUAGAGAGCAUUAUACAUGACACAUCAUUGACAUGUGUAUGGUGUCUGGUUCCAUGAUAUCCAUAUAUUUGUGUGUUGUGAAAAUGGUUUUCUUUAUUUUUGUUACUCCGCGCACUGUAAUUUUUUCUCCCUCCGUUCACAAGUAUCGUAGUCAACCCAUCCGAAUAUAUCCAAUGUGCACACUUAUACAUGUGUUUUGUUUACGUGACAUAAUAUCUAUAUGAAUGUUUGAAAGGCGCGCACAGAUAGUGGAAAGUUUUUCUGCAGCAUUUUUUUUUUUUAAGUCGCAAAGAUGACGAAAAACCAUGAGCAUAAAUUGCGACUAAUCACAACUGUGUUGUUAAGCAUACACAUUUUUUAAGUGUGAGAGAAAAGAAACCGCAGUGGCAAAACCAUUUUCAACCAUCGGGUGUGCACUGUGAUAUUAAAUUGAACAAAAUUUUGUUUGUUUGCUUGCCAUAAUGCAUGGGUUCGACUAAAGAGAAAAUUAUUAAUAUUAAUAAGCAAAAAAUCAAUUUGGCGCCAUGAGUAUUACACAAUUUUUUAAUGGAAAUCGUUUGGCAGACGAUUUAUCGCCAGUUUCUGCAUUACGAUUGAAUUUUGAUCAAUUACCUACUGAAACAACUGACACAAUAAAACCGACGAAAAAUGUAUUUGGCGUUGCUGUUCCAGCACAAUUUGUACCUGAACGUAUUAUUUCGUGGUUAGACAAUAGCAAUAAUGAUGGUGCUUUCAAUCACACAAACCAAUCGGAUUUAACGCCGAACUCAACUACAUCGGAUAAAACUUUAUUCAGCAAUAAUGAUUUAAACAGGCCAAUCAUUAAAAAAGUUGACAAUGUGCGGAUGAUUGACCGAUAUAAUGUAAAAAAUCCGACUAUUGGAACGCUUUAUAUAACAGCAACGCACAUAAUAUUUGUCGAUCCGGAAACAAACAAGGAAACAUGGAUACUACAUAUGCACAUUGGAAACAUUGAGAAAUUACAACUCACAACCACUGGUUCACCGCUACUGAUAAGAUGCAAAACAUUUUUGUUUGUCACAUUUGUCAUACCACGUGAAAAGGAAUGCCAUGAUAUUUAUGUUACGCUACAAAAACUAUACCAGCCAGUUCAUAUUCAAAAUUUGUAUUGCUUCCAAUAUACAUCGAGCAAUGAAGAGCUACCAAAAUCAACGGGAUGGGAUUUCUUCUCAUUGGAGACUGAAUUUAAACGACAGCAUGUACCAAACGAUCGAUGGACAUUGUGCAAUUUGAAUAAAACAUACGAAUUGUGUGAUACUUAUCCAAGACAGAUUUACGUUCCAACGGAGGCAACAACAGCCAUGCUGAUUGGUAGUUCAAAGUUUCGUUCAAAGGCUCGUUUGCCUGUUUUAACUUAUUUACAUUCGAAUCAAGCAUCGAUUUGCCGAUGCAGCCAACCAUUGUCGGGAUUUAGUGCACGCUGUUUAGAAGAUGAACAAAUGCUCGAAGCCAUUCGAAAUACAAAUUCAAACAGCAAAUUUAUGUAUGUAGUAGACACCAGGCCUAGGAUAAAUGCAAUGGCAAAUCGUGCAGCAGGCAAGGGCUAUGAAAACGAAGCAUUCUAUGAAAAUAUAAAAUUCCAUUUUCUUGGUAUUGAAAAUAUUCAUGUGAUGCGGACCAGUUUGCAAAAACUUGUUGAAACGAUUUCAAUUGAUCAAAAAUCCCUGACAAUGAGCGGAUUUUUGAAUUCGCUUGAAGCAUCUGGUUGGUUAAAACAUGUUCGGGCUGUUCUUGACACUUCAAGCUUUAUUGCAUCGGCUGUAGAUAAAGGAAUUUCAGUAGUAGUACAUUGUUCAGAUGGUUGGGAUCGAACAGCACAAGUCUGUUCAUUGGCUGCUCUUAUGUGUGAUCCAUUUUAUCGAACUAUUAAAGGUUUCCAAGCAUUAAUUGAAAAGGAUUGGCUGGGCUUUGGUCAUAAAUUUAGCGAUCGUUGUGGUCAUAUCCAAACGGAUCCAAAGGAAAUGUCACCGGUUUUCACGCAAUUUCUUGAUUGCACCUUUCAAUUGAUGCAACAACGCAACGAUGCGUUCGAAUUCAAUGAACGAUUCUUAUUGAUUUUGCAUGAUCACGUGCAAUCUUGUCAAUUUGGCACAUUCAUUGGUAACUGUGAAAAAGAUCGUCUCGAUUUGAGAUUAUCUGAGUUGACGUUUUCAUUGUGGGGAUACAUGGCAAACCAUUUAAAUGAAUACGUAAAUCCACUGUAUCGCCCGGAGAUCAACUCAAUCAUUCGACCGAAUUUGUCGCCACAAAGUAUUAAAUUUUGGCGCGGAAUGUACGGACGCUUUGAGAGUGGCGUUCAUCCAAGGGAGUCAAUGAAUGAUUUAUUAUUAGCAAGCCAAGAUCAUACAAAUUCCCUUGAAGAUCAUGUACAACAUUUGACCAAACGAAUCGGUUACUUGAAAAAUUUAAUUUCAAAAUCAGCAAAACGUUUUCAAAACGCAUCCAAACCAAAGUCGCAUCCAAACGAUGAAAGUGAUAAUUCAACGGAUAACAAGUAUGCAUUUGAAUAUGAUAAGAAAAUGAGUGAAUUGUCCUGUGCUGAUGAAGAUCAUCCCUUAAAACAAGCAGAGUCUUUGCCACCAAAACCAGACACCGACGCAGGCGUCGAAGAUUUAAAUUUUGCAACAGGUACAAAUCAAGUGAGUGACAAAGUAACAAAGGAAUUGGAUUCGGUGGCUGUUGAUUGGAAGAGUUUACGUACAGCUACUGCAUGCAGUUGUACGACACCGUUUGAUCAAUUCAGCCGCAAGAGCAAUUGUUGGCGUUGCGGAGAAGUAUAUUGUGUGAGAUGCAUUAAUAAUACAAUUGAGUUGCCUGGCCAUGAUAGCAACAAAACAGCACCAGUUUGUCGCAAUUGUUUCCGUCUUGUUCAGCAAAAUAAUAGUCCAUAAAAUGUGGACUUUUUCUUCUAUAAAAUAACAGCAUAAUACUUUGUCACCUUUGCUACUCUUGUUUGCCUCUCUUUUAAUCAAUUUUUGGUGAUUGACUCACCAAAAAUACUUUUUAGAAUUUAUGACAAAUAAAUUUCUUGUUAAUUAUAUUUUAUUAUAAUUUAUGAAUACUGUAGACAAAAUUACACACUCAGAAAUAAAUUCAGCUUUGCAAUGUUGAUAUCCAUUUAA